GGCUCUGAGUCACCCGCCGGAAGCCUCGCCCGGGAUCAAAGCCGCCGGGAAGCUGCGAGCAGCAAGCUGGAGCCGCCGCCGCCGCCGCCGGAGCCGGAAUCUCCCAGAUUCACUUUUGGAGGUGUCCGUGGGAAGGCGGAGUGGAGCACGGAGACCACAGGCGGUCGGGGCGCCAGGAGGACGGCAGUGUCUCUUCCUUGGAAGCAGAAGGCUUUGCUUUUGCUGCCGACUCUUCUGCUCUUACCGUGAGAGCCUUGGACGGUCUUUAAUGAUCCGGACUUCUCUCACCACUAAAAGAAAAACUAGUUUAGUGCCAAUUCAUUUUAUAGGCUGGAAAUCAAACCUUUCCACAUUGCUGUGUUUUUAUGACACAGUGGGAUGGUGUACUGGUAUCCAGAGACCUCCCCUCAUGGACGAUCUCUAUGAAGCAAAUGGCAGUUUUGCCAUCAGCUUAUUGAAAAUGUUGGGUGAAGAGGACAGCUCCCGAAAUGUGUUCUUCUCCCCUCUGAGCAUCUCCUCAGCCCUGGCCAUGGUCUUCAUGGGGGCCAAAGGAAACACCGCUGCGCAGAUGUCCCAGGCGCUUUGUUUGAACAGAGGCGGAGAAAUUCACCAAGGUUUCCGGUCCCUUCUCAAGGAGGUUAACAAGUCUGGCACUCAGUACUUGCUCAGAACUGCCAACAGACUCUUCGGAGAGAAGACGUGUGAUUUCCUUCCUGCCUUCCGGGAAUCCUGUCAGGAGUUCUUCCAGGCCGAGCUGGAGGAGCUGCCGUUCGCUGAAGACACAGAGGCGAGCAGGAGACACAUCAACGACUGGGUGGCCGAGAAGACGGAAGGUAAGAUUUCAGAGAUCCUGGGUGCUGGGACUGUGGAUCCACUGACUAAGCUGGUUCUCGUGAAUGCCAUCUAUUUCAAAGGAAAGUGGAACGAGCAGUUUGACAGAAAGCACACAAGGGGAAUGCCCUUUAAAGUCAACCAGGAGAAAAAGACGGUGCAGAUGAUGUUCAAGCAAGCUAAAUUUAAAACGGGGUACGUGGCUGAGGCGCACACACAGGUGCUGGAGCUGCCCUACGCGGGGCAGGAGCUCAGCUUGGUGGUUCUUCUGCCGGAUGACGACACUGAGCUCGCCGUGGUGGAAAAAGCACUUACAUAUGAGAAGUUCAGAGACUGGACAAAUCCAGAGAAGAUGACUAAGGAUAAAGUUCAAGUUUUCCUUCCCCGAUUGAAGCUGGAGGAGAGUUACGACUUAGAAUCUUUUCUUCGAAGUUUAGGUAUGACUGAUGCAUUUGAGGAAGCCAAGGCAGACUUUUCCGGAAUGUCAGCUAAGAAGAAUGUGCCCGUGUCCAAGGUGGCACACAAGUGCUUCGUAGAGGUGAACGAGGAGGGCACGGAGGCGGCGGGGGCCACAGCCGUGGUCAGGAACGCUCGGAGCAUCAGACCCGAACCAAGAUUUUGUGCAGACCACCCUUUCCUUUUCUUCAUCACACACCGCAGCACCAGCAGCAUUUUGUUCUGUGGCAGGUUCUGCUCUCCAUAGGGAGGUGCAGGAUGUGCUGGAUGUGAGGGCGAUCUGGCUGCGACAUCUGUCACCCCAUUGAUCGCCAGGGUUGAUUCGGCUGA